CAGUGUGGCAGUUGUGUAGUGGCUGACUGCGUUUCUCUCUAGUGGGACUCUUUCUGUGUCACUGUUAUGUGCGCUGCAGUGACAAUAGGAGUGAAUGUGUGACUGUGCAUGAAGGGGUGGGGAAGAGAGAGGGAGAAAGAGAGAGAGAGAGAAAGCGAGGAGCUAGAAAGAGAUAGAGAGCGUACACGAGACAAGAGGCGCUCCCUCUAAUCCUGGCUGCGACGCCUAACAGCAUUGCACCGGCUGCUACAAUAGACUUAAUGGAGGCUCAGGCAGACUCUAGUGCUGCAGAGCCACUUCGAGACCGAGAGUUCCAGAAGCUUCUGAAAUCCUCCAGCUCUGCCAGUCUCACCAGUGAGGCAUCCCACAAUGCCUCAGGAGAGCAUGUUGGUACCCCGGCCCAUCAUGGCAGCCAGGUGCUGAUCACAGAGAAACGACAGCCUCUCAGCAGUGUGUCCUCUCUGGAGGUACACUUUGACCUCCUGGAUCUGACGGAGCUCACAGACAUGUCUGACCAGGAGCUGGGGGAGGUGUUUGCUGACUCAGAUGAGGAGAAUCAUACAGAAUCCCCAGCGAUUCACCCCACAGAUCGCCAGCAGCCACCGUUACCUAGAUUUCCACACACCGGUUAUGUCCGUUCGCCCUCCUGGACCCGCGGUGGAAAAGGGGAACAGCAGCCGAGAGAUCGAAAGCACCACAGCGACUCCGAAAACACAGAGCCAAUGCUGAAGAUAGAACGUUCUCAAUCCCAGCAGCCUUGAGCCAGGGGCAGCUACAGGGGCUUAGGGAGAGAACAAAGCCCUUGUCUGGAGAGUGGAGGUUCCUUCUCAAGCAAGGAGACGGGGAACCUUUGGGAUCAAAGGACAUGGUGAUCCCAAUUAAAGAUAAUGCAAUCCCCUUGUCCAUUAUGGGCAAGAAGACAGCUCCAAUAAGCUGGGAUAAGUGUAGGCUCUUCCUCAAGAUGGAACAGACUUCAUAAAACCAGGAUUUUGGGAUGCCUCUUUGGGACCUAGUCACUUUCAAUCUUCUCCAUGUGACUACUGCAUAUGGAGAACUUGAAGCAAGAUGUAGCAUUUAUGGACCACACCAGCUCCAGCAAUGUGAAUCUAAGGAGCAACUGAGUGAUUUGAAUCAUCAAGGAACUGUUUAAGGAACAAAGCAAUGUGUUGAGGAAGCAACUGUGAUGAGACACAUUCAGAGAACCUACAGCGUAGUUCAGGACAUGUCUGUGUGAAGGAACAGAGAGCAGUUACAAGAAUUUCCAACAAAAGUGUCCUUUGAGGAGAUUCUGCAUGAAAGUAGGAGACCCAGAAACAAAGGCCUAAAACAUACUCUACGCAAGUACAUGAACACAGACACUCCAAGCUUCGUCAACUCAAUUUCAUGCAUCAUUCAGUUUUAAAAUUUGUCAGAAUGCAAAUUAUAUUGCAGUACAAUUAUGUGUUGCAUUCUCAACAUUGACGCAAGGUGGUGUGGGAUGGGUAUUAACAUAAACCAAAAGUGUCCAGUCCUGCUUCUGGAGGGACACCUUCUAGCGGAGUUUAGCUCCAACCUGCUCCACACCUAAACAAUUGUAGGUGGAUCCUAUCGCAUAGAAGAGAUCAAGUCCCACAUCCAGGCACUCACAUUGAUUUUUUUCCUCUUAAAAAGCCUAUAUUAAAAAUAUCCACACCUACCUGGAGUUUUCUAGUAAUCCUGAAGACUUCAGUUAGGGCAGUGGUUCUCAAUUCCGGUCCUGGCACUCAUAAAUGUCUGUUGUUCAAUGUGAAAACAAACACUAUAAUUUGGUUAUAUUAGAUGUGUACUUUACCAGGAAAAAAUACACAUCUAAUAUAACCACAUUACUUUCAUUUACGUAUGUUAUCCUAUGCUCACGCUCCCAAUAGGAAGCAUUAAAGACAGCUUAUGGAGCCUGUGAAUUGGAUCACAGCUCAGUUCGUGGAGCUCUCUUCCAACGAGAUGAUGAGAGGCAUACAAAAUGUACACCAGGACUAAGAAAACCUACAACUCUUCAGAUCAUUAGUACACUCCAAGACAUCAAAUGAAUAGGUCAGAUAAGGGAGAUGUGAAUGUGAAUAGGGUUGAAAAUCAUUAACUACAUCAUGGUGCAGCGGUUUAAGAGAAUACUGCUGAACAUGUUAUUUUAAUUUUGACCAACUUUCUGAAAGUAACCUUCACCCCAUUGAGUACUGAGGUUUGUCACAGCCACAGUAACAAGAACACACAUUAUGCACAGAACCACACAAGUUUGCAUACUUGCGUAGAAUGUUUCUGGCCUAACUUAUCGAGUAUAGCAAUUGCAAAAGUUACAUUUGAAUGAAUGUAAGGGAUAAUAAUCUUUUAGCAAUAUGUUUUUAACAGCUCUGUAUCGUUAAAUGUCAUUAAUUUAACAAUUUUACAUCAAUACAUCAUCAAAGGCCUCAUUUGUGAUCACCGGUGCACAGCAAGAAAUUGUGUCUUAAAAUAUACCUGAUUCACAUAUAAUCCUAAAAGAGAAGAAAGCCAUUGGGUGGGCAGUUCAAAUGAAAAUCAUCAAGAGUAAAAGUUUGUUGGAAACGGCUGGACUCAUGCACCUAUCAAAAAGCUGUACUGUAUAUGUUACCAGGGUUAUUACAGGGUUCAAUGAUGUCAAGCAUGAUCUAUACACAGGGUCACAUUGGAGAAGAAAUGUACAAACUACCAGAAUCAUUAACAGUUCGACAAUUUGAAGACAAAAAUCUAACAGGAAUAAAUGUGAAAAAUGUCAAAGA